GGCGAGAGCAGCCGAUUGGCAGAGCGGGGCUUUCAGGAACAAUAACAGUGGGGGGAGCCGGGGCCCCGGGGAGCCUCCCCGCCCCGGCCCGGCAGCGGCUCACGCCCCCCGCGGGGUCCCCACCUCCGCGCCGCCCCGCGGGCUGACCGGCGCCCGGGCCCGCCCCCGGCGCCCACCAUGUACGCCUUUGUGCGGUUCCUGGAGGACAACGUCUGCUACGCGCUGCCCGUGUCGUGCGUGCGCGACUUCAGCCCCCGCUCGCGACUGGAUUUUGACAACCAGAAGGUGUACGCAGUGUACCGGGGCCCGGAGGAGCUGGGCGCGGAGCCCGAGAGUCCCCCGCGUGCCCCCCGGGACUGGGGCACGCUGUUGCUCCACAAGGCCCAGAUCCUGGCUCUGGCAGAAGACAAAUCUGAUCUUGAGAACAGUGUGAUGCAGAAGAAAAUAAAAAUCCCCAAACUUUCUCUCAGUCACCUGGAAGACGAUGGGGAGGUUAAAGACUACGGGGAAGAAGACUUACAGCUUAGACACAUCAAGAGACCGGAGGGGCGGAAGCCUAGUGAAGCGGCCCACAAGAGUAUCGAGGCAGUGGUGGCCCGGCUAGAGAAACAGAACGGCCUGAGCCUGGGUCACAACACUUGUCCGGAAGAGGUCUUUGUGGAGGCCUCACCGGGCACAGAGGACAUGGACAGCCUGGAGGAUGCUGUUGUGCCCCGGGCUCUGUAUGAGGAGCUGCUGCGAAACUACCAGCAGCAGCAGGAGGAGAUGCGCCACCUCCAGCAGGAGCUGGAGCGGACUCGGAGGCAGCUCAUGCAGCAGGCCAAGAAGCUCAAGGAGUACGGGGCCCUGGUGUCUGAAAUGAAGGAACUCCGAGACCUCAACAGGAGACUCCAAGAUGUGUUACUCCUGCGGCUUGGCAGCGGUCCCGCCAUUGACUUGGAAAAAGUAAAGUCAGAAUGUCUCGAGCCCGAGCCGGAGUUACGGAGCACUUUCAGUGAGGAAGCAAAUACGUCGUCCUAUUACCCCGCUCCUGCGCCUGUCAUGGACAAGUAUAUCCUAGACAAUGGCAAGGUUCAUCUGGGAAGUGGGAUUUGGGUUGACGAGGAGAAAUGGCACCAGCUACAAGUCACCCAAGGAGAUUCUAAGUACACGAAGAACUUGGCAGUCAUGAUCUGGGGAACAGAUGUUCUGAAAAACAGAAGUGUCACAGGAGUCGCCACAAAAAAAAAGAAGGAUGCAAUCCCGAAGCCGCCCCUCUCUCCUCACAAGCUAAGCAUCGUCAGAGAGUGUUUGUAUGACAGAAUAGCACAAGAAACAGUGGACGAAACUGAAAUUGCACAGAGACUCUCCAAAGUCAACAAGUACAUCUGUGAGAAAAUCAUGGAUAUCAACAAAUCUUGUAAAAAUGAAGAACGAAGGGAAGCAAAAUACAAUUUGCAAUAAACUUUGGAUUUUUUCAUAAAGCCUUGGCAUUUUUCUUGUGUGGUGUGUGCAUUAUGGGCGGCAGUGCCAUCCAAAUAGACCCCACCAGGCGCGGCCGUGUCUUGGCAGAGGGCCUUCAGGGCGCUGAGGUCACUGUCUUAUCUGGACUUGGACUUCCUACUUCGAAGAAGGCAGAUGGAUUUGCUGAGACUCAGCAGAGCCUCACACCUCAACCAGUGUUGUUGAGGGAUGGGGAAGCACUUUUCACGGGCUGUGAGGCAUCAGAGAGCCUGUUGGGACCACAGUAUGAACUGUUAUUUUUACCACUGGAGCACAUCUAUCUCUGCUCCUCUAUUUUGUUCUAUAAUAAAACUCCAUUAAUUCUUGAUGUAGACAAUUGUUCUCUUUUUUAUAUAAUAUUAAACCUGUGUGCUGCAUGUGGCCUGCAAAGCCCUCUCAGGAGCAAGAUCCCGCAAGGGUCAUGGGUCCUGUGAUGGCUCUAAGGGUCUCCAAAGCAUCUCACCCUCUCUGACUUCAAAGGAUGAGUCUUGAACCACUUAGCUUUUCCCAGAUGAUCUGCAACUAGCAUCUGAAAAAAUAAGCUUCCCCGAUUAUUUGAGCCUACUUUUGUAAAGAAAUGGGUACUGAGGGCCUAAUAAUGUUAGCUGUGGUGUACAGGGUUGCCAGAAAAUGAGAUACAUCAGUGGCUAGCUGUUCGUUUAUUCUCUCUUUUAUCUCAAACGAUCUUUCAGGUUUACAUAAUCGUUUAUCUGCUUCUUUAUUUGGUUGCUGGAUCUUUAUGGUGCCUGGCACAUGCUUUUGGCAAAGCACUUUCUAUCUUCCUUGUGGACUUGCACUUUUCUUUAUGCAAUGCCAAUAAAGUAAGUGUGGCAUUUUGGAAAGGGCUUUGGACAAAUGCCUCUAGGUUCUAAGCCUGGCUCUCCUGCUUGCGCUGGCAUUAACGUAACGCCCUUGUACCUCCAUUUUCUGUUCCGUAAAAAAGAAAACCUGCCUCACAGAGUCGCUCUAAGGGUUAGAGAUAAAAUGUAUAAAGUGUUCAAUAAAUGUCAG